GAAAGGGCCUCGGCGGCGGCCCGAGGGCCCUCAGAGCCUGCCGCCGCGGCCACUCCCUUAGACUCUGGCCGUGCGGGGACCGGGGGCGCUCUGCCUCCGCCUUAUAAGAAGCCCGGCGCGGGGCCCGCGGCGAGGCCGGAGGCGGGCACGGGGCUCGGGCCGCGCAGGGGCGCCCCCACCGGCGGCGGCUCGGCGACAUGGGCCGCUACUCGGGCAAGACGUGCCGGCUGCUCUUCAUGCUGGUGCUCACCGUCGCCUUCUUCGUGGCCGAGCUGGUCUCGGGCUACGUAGGCAACUCCAUCGCGCUGCUGUCCGACUCUUUCAACAUGCUGUCCGACCUGAUCUCGCUGUGCGUGGGGCUGGGCGCCGGCUACGUGGCGCGGCGACCCCGCGGGGGCCUGGGGGCCACCUACGGCUACGCGCGCGCCGAGGUGCUGGGCGCGCUGAGCAACGCCGUCUUCCUCACGGCGCUCUGCUUCACCAUCGCCGUGGAGGCCGUGCUGCGCCUGGCGCGGCCCGAGCGCAUCGACGACCCCGGGCUGGUGCUCGUCGUGGGCGCGCUGGGGCUGGCCGUCAACGUGCUGGGGCUGCUCAUCUUCCAGGACUGCGCCGCCUGGCUCGCCUGCUGGGGCCCCCGCCGCCGCCCGGCGCCGCCGCCGCCGCCGCGCGAGCAGCCCCAGCCGCCGGCCCGGGGCCGCGCCCCGAGCGCCAUCGGGGGCCCCCGCCGGCCCUCGGCCGCCGCCCGCGGCGUGGCGGCCGCUGCAAGGCAGGACGAGCAGGGGGCGACGGUGUUCUCCAACGUAGCAGGUGAUUCUCUGAACACCCAGAAUGAACCAGAAGAGACUAUGAAAAAGGAGAAAAAGUCUGAAGCCCUGAAUAUCAGAGGUGUGCUUUUGCACGUGAUGGGCGAUGCCCUGGGGUCAGUGGUCGUGGUGGUCGCGGCCAUCAUAUUCUAUGUGCGUCCCCUGCCCCCUGAGGACCCGUGUAACUGGCAGUGCUACAUCGACCCCAGCCUGACUGUCUUCAUGGUCAUUAUCAUUUUGUCAUCCGCCUUCCCGCUCAUCAAGGAGACUGCUGCCAUUCUGCUGCAGAUGGUCCCCAAAGGCCUGAAUAUGGAAGAGCUGAUGAGCCAGCUCUCAGCUGUGCCGGGGAUUAGCAGCGUACAUGAAGUGCAUAUCUGGGAACUUAUAAGUGGAAAGAUCAUUGCCACACUGCACAUCAAGUAUCAGAAGGACAGGGGCUAUCAGGACGCCAGUAGGAAAAUUCGAGAGAUCUUCCACAGUGCGGGAAUCCACAAUGUGACCAUCCAGUUUGAGCAGGUGGACUUGAAGGACCCCGUGGAACAGAAGGACCUACUGUUGCUCUGCAGCUCCCCCUGCAUCUCUAAGGGCUGUGAGAAGAAGCUGUGCUGCCCUCCCGGCGCCCUACCCCUGGCGCACGUCAAUGGCUGCGCGGAACACAAUGGCUGUCCCCCUCUAGACACAACCCCAAGUGAUAGCUUCGCUAGGCAAGAAACAACAGAAGUGGUUAUUGAAGUAUCUUCAGACAACUGUCUGAGUGACCAUGGACAAGCUCUUAGCAAAACUCAGGAGGACCAACAUUAUGUCAACAGCACACAUUUUUAAUCUGGUCCCCACAUAAACAGACUGAAUAGAGGCAUUCUGGCUGGU